UCCCCGCCGGCGGGGGGCGCUGCAGCGGCGCCGCGUCCAGGCAGAACCAGCGCUAACAAUGGCAGCCGCCUCGGAGCUCCAGCUGGACCUGCUGCCCUCAGACCCGCUGCUCCACGUCCUGUCCUACCUGAGCUUCAGAGACCUGCUCCGCUGCAGCUACGUGAGCAAGAGGCUGAACGAGCUGAGCAAGCACAACCCACUGUGGAAGCGACACUGCUGCAAACACUGGCUGCUGACAGACGCCGACCGGUCGCAGCGGGGCCUGUCCUGGUACGGCCUCUUCAGACACUACUACUCUGACCUGGGUCGCUACAUCCAGCACUACGCGGCGCUGAAGAAGGCCUGGGAGCAGCUGAAGGGCUUCCUGCAGCAGAGAUGUCCUCGGAUGAUCGUUUCGCUCAAAGAUGGCGCCACCGAGCAGGAGCUGGACGAUGUGGAGGCUCAGAUCGGGUGCAAACUUCCGGACGAUUACCGCUGCUCCUUCCGCAUCCACAACGGCCAGAAGCUGGUCAUCCCAGGGCUGAUGGGCAGCAUGUCUCUCUCCAACCACUACCGCUCUGAAGUGGGGGGCUUCCAGCACAGGAAGGGAACGAGGCGUUCGCUGCCGCUCACCUUCUGCUUCCAUACCGGGCUCAGCCAGUAUGUGGCGCUGGAGGACGCCGAGGGACGCAAGACGGGGGAGAGCUUCUACCCGUGUCCUAUGCACUCAGACAAUAUUCGCAGAGGCCAGCACCUGCUGAUCAUUCAUGUUCGCCUCUCUCUGAACUUUCUGCAGAAGAAGGGACAUCCAGUAGUACUCCAGGGACCAGUGCCACACAGGCCAACACACAGCCUGCUUUAGGUGAUGAAGAUGAAGGGACAUCCAGGACCACACCAAGCACUCUGGGCGCCAGUAAAACACAGGUGAGACCAGGGACACCCAGCCGGAAGGUAGUUAGUCCUUUGAAUAACUAAUUCAAGUCUACAACCAUCUGACAAAAUAUACUAGAAAUGAAAACACAUGGAAAUCACAAUAACAUUCCAUCCCUAUGAAAGUAAUUUCAUCCACAGUUUUAUUG